GGGGGCGCGGGUCUGCGGCGGCCCCUCGGCAGACAGCUGCGGCGCGGCGGUGAGGGCCGGCGGCCCGGGGGCGGAACGCCCCCUCCGCGCACCCCCCAGCGGGGCCCCCGGGGCUUCCUCGGCGGGGAGGGGGGGCCGCCGCCUUCUGGGGAGGAGGCCUUCCAGGCCCUCCGCGGCCGCAGGAGGAUCUCCCAGGAACCUUGGGAAAGGACUUGCCUGCAGUUUGGCUCGUCUUCCUCGCUGUUCGGAAGCUGCUUCGCUCCUCCUAGAGCCAGAAAAGAAGAGGUUUGGAGGCGGGGCUUCCCAACUCGUGCAUCCACUCGUGCCCGCUCUGGACCGUGCGCGCGCCAGGCCCCGGGACUCCAGCUGGAGAGGCUUGCACUGACAGGCAUGAGGUUCCGGUUCUGUGGUGAUCUGGACUGCCCCGACUGGGUCCUGGCAGAGAUCAGCACGCUGGCCAAGAUUUCCUCCGUGAAGCUGAGGCUGCUGUGUAGCCAGGUGCUGAAGGAGCUUCUGGGACAGGGGAUUGACCACGAGAAGAUCCUGAAGCUCACGGCCGACGCCAGGUUUGGUGAGUAUCCAGCCCCCAGCCCUCUGGGUGACCAUGGGUACUUGGCCUGGGGCCUGGCACGGAGGCCCCUGCUCCCAGCAGCCCACCCUCCUCUCACCACCUGCCCCUGCCCCAGGAACUACACUUCCCGGCAGGCGCUGGAGCGGCACCACGGCUCCCAGCGUGCUCCCGAGAGCGGCAACGCCCCUGGCUCCAAGCCGAGGGGCUGCAGGUUAGGGCUCUAG